AUGGCAUACCGACAUGACAUGGAAUGCACAGAGAACUCGAGAGGAACAUUGCAGACGGCGGUUGAGAGCCAGGGUGCAGUACGGCGCUGUGCAGACCAGGACUGUCAGUCUGGCAGUUGGAUCAGACCGAGACUACAGCAUUCGAGCGACAUCGCCAUGGUGAGUGAGCGACAGGUGUGCAUUGCCGGCGUUGUCUCAUCCCGUUCAUUUGUCCACAACCAUACCGUGCCUGGGAGGGCGACUACGACUGCGACUACGACCGCGGUUGGCACUCCUUCAAUUCCGCUCGUCUCGUCCGCCAACCCUCCGUUCACCGCACGGCGAGCUGGACUGCCUCAAGUUGACAUGCGUGCUUCCUACACCACUCCGCAGACACCCACCACCGCCACCACCCUGGCGCAACAGAUGCUCCGCUCCCGCAACCACUUGGGGUCUCACCUGCCCUCACUGCCUGCCCUCACUGCCUGUCUGCCUACCUCCUUUCUAACUUCUGACUUUCUGACCUACCGGCUUCCCUCGUUUGGCAAAGCACUCGGCAUCGCUCCCGGAGCGUCUCUAAAAGUUUCGACCCCAUCGCGCUUCUCUGCUUUCUACACUACACAGGCUCACUACACCACGCUACACACGCUACACACUCCGCGCACUAUACGCACUCGCACUACACACACGACCCCCCAUGCCCAUGCCCCGACCCAUGCCUCCCGGACAGCCCUUCACGGUCCCAAGCUCCUGGCUAACUGGCCGUCUCCACCCUCCGAUCCUGGGCGGCUUCUGGGCUGCACCGAGAACCAGGACACGGGGCGCGAAAGCGGAGCCCUGCCAUGCCAUCCGUGGACGGGUCUUUCCAUGUUGCUCGCUCGACACCCUCAGGCUUUCCCAUUCCCAGUUGCCAGGUCUCCCAGGCUCUCCCAACCCUCACCUCACCUCACCUGUUCGUCAUUGCGAUCCAUUGAUCCCGCGACCUCGACGCUUUGGAUUCGCCUCCCCCGCCCAUUGCGCUCCUCGGCUUCGUUCCCCGAAGGCCGUGGCCGCAGCGCGAUCAAACAACGAGCCAGGUACCCGUCCACUGUGGGUACACCUCAUGUAUUAGCUGGGGUUGUCCGCUGCCCGCUGCCCGCCGCUGCUUGCUGCUUGUUGCUUGCGAAAAAGCCGUUUACCUACCUACCCCCCCUUCCCUUCCCUUCCCCCUCCCCUCCCCAAAGGGACCACAGGGCAUCCUGUCCCGGCCCCGUCGAGACGGGGAUUGGGGCACAUCUGGGACUCACGCCGAGGGGCAUUGCGACUGUGCAAACGGGAGAUUUUGCAACUGGCAUGACGGCUCGUGGUCUGAAGGAGGGGCCACAGUCCACGUCCGUCCACGCCGUCCGUCCAUACAACACCGUCCGGGGGCCGCGCCGCAGGGUACAUUAUCACCAACAUCCCCGGGUUUGUUGUAACAGCCAGAAACUCUAA